AUGUCUUUAAAACCCCUCACAAUCAUAGUCGCUGCGAGCCUGCUGGCGCUGACGGCCGCCGCACCCAGCCCGACACCGCAGCUCGUACCGAGGAGCUACACCCGCUCGUGCCAGGGCUGCUACCUCAGCGACACCAAAUACCUCUUUUGCUACUGCAGCGACGCCGGGGGACGACGCGUCGGGACCGAGAUCGAUCUGGACUGGUGCGUCACCAACCAGGGCGGGCGGCUGGUGGCCAAGGCAAACGGCAACUUCUCCAGGAGCUGUAAUCAUGAGCGCUGGGUUGAGGGCAGCACCAACGUGCUCACGGCAUCGUGUGGUGAUGGCAGGGGCGGGGUGAGGGAUAGUUCGAUCAACCUAGAUGAUUUCAUUCACAACAACAACGGCCUCUUGACAUGCCACGGCAUACAGGGAGUGGAGGGGCAGGUUCCCGGGGGUCCGGAAUGUCCUUAUCCCCAUACUAUAUGCUGA